GAGCGAAGCUGGAGGUAGCCGAGGCAGCGGCGGCUGGGGCUCCGGGGACAAGCGCACGCCCCGGCCGGGGUCCCGCCGUGGGGGGAGGGGGUGCCAACGGCUCCCGUGCUCCCGGCGAGCGGACGGACAAUGACUUGCUACCGAGGCUUUUUACUGUGCAGCUGCCGUUGCGUGACGGGGAGCCGGGCGGCCGCAACGGCGCGGCGGUGUCCGUUGGGGGUGGUUUCGGCGGAGGGCGCGGGGCCCCGGCUCGGCGGCGUUGGAGGCGUGGGCCGGCGGCAUCUGGGGCACGGGGGGCACGGGCAGCACGGCCAAGCCCGCGAGCUGGAGGGCGGCGGCAGCGGAGGCGGGGGCUGCCCGGCAGGCGGGUUCCGGCCGGCCCGGGUCGUGGUCGUGGCCAAGACCACCCGCUACGAGUUCGAGCAGCAGCGGUACCGCUACGCGGAGCUCUCGGAGGAGGACCUGAAGCAGCUGCUUGCACUAAAAGGAUCCAGCUACAAUGGACUACUUGAGCGACAUCAUAUUCAUACCAAGAAUGUGGAGCAUAUUCUGGAUAGUUUACGGAAUGAGGGAAUUGAAGUUCGCUUAGUGAAGAGGAGAGAAUAUGAUGAAGAAACUGUUCAAUGGGCAGAUGCUGUUAUAGCUGCAGGAGGUGAUGGCACAAUGCUGUUGGCAGCCAGUAAGGUCUUGGACAGGUUUAAGCCAGUUAUUGGAGUAAACACUGAUCCAGAACGAUCUGAGGGUCAUUUAUGUCUGCCUGUUCGAUAUACACACUCUUUUCCAGAAGCAUUACAGAAGCUUUAUCGUGGUGAGUUCAGGUGGCUAUGGAGGCAGCGAAUCAGGUUAUACCUUGAAGGAACUGGAAUAAACCCAGUUCCUGUAGAUCUUCAUGAACAGCAGCUGAGUUUGGAUCAACACAGCAAGGCCCUCAACAGUACAAGAAUCCAUGAUCAGAUGAAUCUCAGCAGCCCUGAAGCAGAAACACAGAAAUCGGAUGGUGAGGGUUACCCAGGAAUGAGGAUUCACAGCUCGGAAACAGUGGAAGGAUCUGAGGUUUCUGGGCCACAACUUUUGCCAGUAAGAGCACUAAAUGAAGUAUUCAUUGGGGAGAGUCUGUCAUCCAGAAUGUCUCAUUCUUGGGCUGUCGCUGUGGACAGUGUAAGAAGAGGUAUAACCACUCUAAAGGGACUGGCAUCCUAUUAUGAAAUCUCAGUUGAUGAUGGUCCCUGGGAAAAACAGAAGAGUUCAGGACUCAAUUUGUGUACUGGAACAGGAUCAAAAGCCUGGUCAUAUAAUAUUAACAGGGUCGCAACACAAGCUGUAGAAGAUGUCUUAAAGAUUGCUAAAGAGCAAGCAAACUUGGAUCUUCCAUUGAAUAAGGAAUUAGUUGAGAAAGUAACAAAUGAAUAUAAUGAAUCUUUACUGUAUAGUCCGGAAGACCCAAAGAUGCUUUUCAGCAUUCGAGAACCUAUAGCAAAUCGAAUAUUCUCAAGUAGUCGUCAGCGUUGUUUCUCAUCAAAGGUUUGUGUUCGUUCUCGUUGUUGGGAUGCCUGUAUGGUUAUAGAUGGAGGAACUUCUUUUGAGUUUAAUGAUGGAGCGAUAGCUUCAAUUAUGAUCAAUAAAGAUGAUGAACUUCGAACUGUGCUGCUAGAGCAGUGAAGGACAAUUCAGUGGACAUUAAAUUCUGAUCACCCCAAGAAAAAAACACUCUAAUUGCAGAAACAGACUGCAUGUCGUAGCACUGCAUUUUUAAAAAAUUAUUAAUGGCUGUUCCUUACAAUUUGGGUCCACAGCCAAUUCUGAAAGUUGGGAGAUCUUGAGAGAAUCUCUGUGGUUGAGAAAGCUUGAGAGAAAGUAUUCGUUGCCUAAGAAAAUUGAUGGACUAAAACUACAUGGAGAUUUUAGAAUUCAUGCCAGCUGUAUAGCCUACAGAUGUUUUUAAAGUGGUAAUAACUUUAAAUUUAAGGAGGUAGGUUCAAAUAAAAGAUUAAAUGUAUAGGGUGUGAUUUAACUAUAAUAGGGUCCCUUUCUCUUCCCUCAUCCCCCCACUCCCUCCAAUAGUAUUCAAGGAUUGUUCAAACAUGCUUAUCAGUCAUAAAUAUUUUUUUUACAGAAAAGCAAUUUGAAUGUUAAGCUUGUUCUGAUGAUGAUUAUAGUUUUUAUAAAUCCUGACAUUGACCUAUUUGAAAUAGGUAAAUGUUUUUUAUAUAUACUUUUAAGAAUUUUAUAAUUUCAGAACAUGGUGAUGAUAAUGCCGUAUUUUUUCAUCUUCAGUGAUUUGAGGCCAAUGUGAAAUUUAAAUAUUUCUCCUUUUCCGCCCAAUGUUUCUGCUUAUCUUUUAAAAACUUUUCAAGCACCCUUUCAUUUAUAUCUUGAUUCAGGCUAUGCUGUUCACUUGUGGUUGAAAUGCAUUUAUCUGGAGAAAAUCAUGCUGCUAUUACAAACUUUCUAACUGCUCAAGAAUUGUCUUGAUAACGAAUCAGACUUUUAAACAUGUGAUCAUUGGAGUAGGUAAUCUGUAAGGUUCCUUCCAGUUCUACAAUUCCAUAAUAAUGACGACGAUGAUUAUGAUGAUGUGAUAAUAAAAUGAAGUUAUACCUGAAUAAUCUGAAUUUACUUUAACCUUAAGGAAAAAACAUUUACUAUUUGAAUCUAUGGUUGGGUAUUGGAUAUGAAAGAAAGUCAACAUCAAAAUCAAUGAAGCAUUUGUAUUCAUUAUCUUUUGAAUGUGUUGGUUACAGUUUUAUUAUUUUCUUGAGUUUUCAUCUAAUUUACUGUAAGCUUUAAGUAGCUGUGUUGAUGAAUACAUUCUGACUUUGCUUCCUUUUUCUCACAUUAUGAAUUAGAUGAAAAUUUUUUAAUAAAAAUGCAAGAAAAUUUUUUGUUUUCAGCCCAUUAGCAAGUCGUCUUGUAAUUUUCUCCCAAUACUCCCCACUACUGCUUAUACAAACACUGUAUUCGUGUGAAAAAAGUUUCAAUAAAAACUUUUUUCAAUCAGAA